AUGACCAGUCAAAGCCCUCUCACUUCCUGGCUCCUCGCCAGCACUCCGAAAUCCUUCAAGCGCGCCACAACACACCCAUUCCUCGCCUCCGCAGGCCAAGGCACCCUCCCAAAAAGCACUCUCUCCCAAUGGCUCUCACAGGAUAGACUCUACGCACAAUCCUAUAUCCGCUUCAUCGGCUUCCUGCUCGCGAAAAUUCGACUCCCCGCCGAAGCCUACAAUCCCAACCCUAACCUUCCGCAAUCCACAGACGCCCAAGCCGUCAACGUCCUCAUCGACGCCCUCGUAAAUAUCCGCACAGAGCUCCAAUUCUUUGAAGCCACCGCUGCAGAAUACAACCUCGAUCUAACGGCCAUUGCCUCGGAAGAAUGCGGCGCGGGUCUUACAAAGAGCGGCAGUAUUGCGACGUCCGCGGGCAUUUCUACCAUGGGCUCGGGCUCGUGUCCCGGGUUCACGGGGUCGGCGUGUCAGGGUAAAGGGUAUUCUGCGGCGGCGUUGCAGAGCGGCGAAUUCGAAGACGAGGUUCAGCCGCCUGGUCUGACUACGACUUAUGAACCGGAUCUGCAUCGCCUAUGCAAUGCGCAGGGUGAGUGUCAGAUGCAGGAUAGGAGUCAAACGUGUUACCCGCUUUCUCAGCAGCCUUCGAAGGAGGAUGCGGGUGCGGCGCAGAUGCCGACAACAUCUUCGAAAUGCGAGUCUGGUCCGCAGCCCACUCCAGGAUACCCUUCGUCUGUGGCGCCUGUGGAGCCUGGUGGUACGGUUUACUUUGGGCCGACGACGAUCACGCGUGCUUAUAUUGAUAUGUUUAUGUCUUCGGCAAGCUCGGGGGUGUCGGUUAUGGAGGGAAUGGCUGUUCUCUGGGCGACUGAGGUGUGUUAUCUCCGGUCUUGGAAAUAUGCGGCGACAUUUUUGCAGGGGAGAGAGGGUCCUGCAGAGGAUGAUGCGGAUGGAGGUUCGUUGAGGGAUAAGUUUAUUCCUAAUUGGUCUAGUAAGGAGUUUGAAGGCUUUGUCGGUCGCAUUGGUGAUGUUUUGGAUAGUAUGGCUGAGCAGACGAAGGGCGUGGAGGAGGCGGAGGCGAUGCGCCGGAGAUGUUUGGAGUGGUGGAGGCAAGUGGUUUGGUUAGAGGAGCGGUUUUGGCCGACUUUGGAGUGA